AUGGCGUAUUUGUCAAGAGCGUGGAGUACACCGCUGUGCCGAUUUACAAGCAGACAUUUUGCCAGCCUCGUGUACUCGGAGGAAGUAUGUCAAGCGAAAGCUGAUAAAAAACCGAUAGUGGCGCUUGAAUCAACAAUUAUAACACACGGGAUGCCGUAUCCGAAAAACUUGGAAACUGCUUUACAGGUGGAAGAAGUUAUACGAGAAAAAGGUGCAAUCCCAGCAACCAUUGCAAUUCUUAAAGGGCAACUGACUGUCGGCCUUUCAAAGACCGAGUUGGAGUAUCUUGCGAAGGCCAAAGGAGUGGUCAAAGCAUCAAGGCGAGAUAUGGCACCUGUUAUGGCGAACAAAUUGGAUGGUGCUACGACCGUCGCAGGCACUAUCAUCGCUUCUGAGCUAGCUGGCAUACCAGUCUUCGUUACCGGAGGAAUAGGCGGGGUUCAUCGUGAAGGUCAUAAUACGAUGGAUGUGUCAGCCGACCUCACCGAGCUGGGUCGGAGGCGAACCUUGGUCGUGUGCAGUGGUGUCAAAUCCAUCCUUGACAUCGGCCGCACCCUUGAGUAUCUGGAAACUCAAGGUGUAACUGUUUGUUCAUUUGGUGAUAGUCAAGACUUCCCUGCGUUCUACACGAUCAAGUCAGGCUUCAAAGCCCCGUACCACGUUAGCGACGCCACACAAGCUGCAAGGGUUUUAUAUUCGUCACACAAAUUACAACUAUCCUCUGGUAUUGUAAUCGCUGUUCCAGUACCUAUCGAGCAUGCAAUGGACGAGAACAUGAUCGAGGCAGCUAUUAAAAGUGCGUUACUUGACGCUAACAAGCUCGGUAUCCAGGGUAAAGAAGUGACCCCAUUCCUCUUGGCUGCAGUGUCUAAGGCGACGGGCGGGGAGUCACUUGCUGCCAAUAUCGCUCUCAUAAAAAACAACGCAAGAAUCGGUGCCGAUAUAGCUGUUCAAUUUCAGAGGCUUAGGAAUGCUGACGAUUUUGAUAACGAUUUUAAUAUCGGAAACACAAAGACUAGGAAAUGUAAGACGGAUACCAAAAGACAAUACCACACGUGCGCCGAGACGGGUGGAAACUCGAACGUGGACAAUGGAAACGUGCUGGUCGUGGGCGGGUCGAAUGUGGACAGAAUGUUCAGAAUCAUUGAAGAAAACGUGCGGAGUUCGAAUUCGGAGCGUGUGUGGCGUCGAUGGUCGAGACGCACGCGUGCUCCCGUCCGCCGCAUGCACACUGGCACACCACGAGCCAGCGGGGGCUCUACCUCGAAGCCGUCUGCCGGGAACGACCUCCAUCGCCGCCCGAACAGCCGCUCCAAGUAA